AUGCUUCAUCCCAACAAUACAUACUUCCACCCUUCUUCCUUCCUUCUGAUUGGGAUCCCUGGGUUGGAAGAUGUGCACAUGUGGGUGGGCUUCCCCUUCUUUGUGGUCUAUGUAGUAGCCCUCCUGGGGAACAGUACCAUCCUCUUUGUGAUCUACACUGAGUGUCGGCUCCACCAACCCAUGUUUUACUUCCUGGCCAUGUUGGCUGUCACAGACCUUGGCCUGUCCACAGCCACCAUCCCCAAGAUGCUGGGCAUUUUCUGGUUCAAUCUCAAGGAGAUUGUGUUUGGUGCUUGCAUCACACAGAUGUACAUUAUUCACACAUGCACAAGCCUGGAGUCCGUGGUGCUGACGGUCAUGGCCAUCGAUCGCUAUGUUGCCAUCUGCAACCCCCUGAGAUAUAGCAUGAUCCUCACCAAUAAGGUGGUGGCCCUUCUGGGCGUACUCAGCAUAGUCAGGACUUUGAUGUUCAUGACUCCGUUCAUAUUCCUCAUCCUGAGACUUCCUUUCUGUGGUGUCCGGAUUAUUCCCCACACCUAUUGUGAACACAUGGGUUUGGCCAAGUUAGCCUGUGCCAGUAUAAGAGUCAAUGUCAUCUACGGCUUGGUUGCCUUUUCAGUGGGCUACAUCGACCUUUCUGUGAUCGGGUUUUCUUACGUCCAAAUCCUCCGCGCUGUCUUCCGCCUGCAGUCCUGGGAUGCCCGGAUCAAGGCGCUCAGCACUUGCAGCUCCCACGUCUGUGUCAUGGUGGCGUUCUACGUGCCAGCCUUCUUCUCCUUCCUGACACACCGCUUUGGCCACAACAUCCCUCAUUACAUCCACAUACUUGUGGCUAAUCUGUAUGUGGUUGUUCCCCCUGCCCUUAAUCCUGUUAUUUAUGGGGUCAGGACCAAACAGAUAAGAGAACGUGUACUGAGGAUACUUAAUUCUAAAUCUUUUAACUAA